AUGGCUGCGGCACGGCUGCGGCACCAACUGGGGAACCUCAACCCCAAGCAGUUCAUGACCACAUUCCCUCUGGUGGGUUCUGUGUCCCUGGUGCAUGGCCCGCCCUUUGGGGACACUGAGGGGAAGGAGAAGUUCCUGGGCAUCCUGAACAAGUACAUGAAGAUCCACAGCACCAUGUACUAUGAGAGCCAGAGGCCCCCCAAGGUCUCCAUCUUCAUGAAGAACCACAGACCCUUGCCGCAGCCUGAGUUCCAGCAGCUGCUGCACAAGACCAAAUUUUUCACAGGUUUUGGCUUCCCCCACAAGGGCCCAGCCACCCUGGAGGCCACCAGCCAUGGCUGUGUCUUCCUGCAGUCCCGCUUCAGCCCGCCCCACAGCUCCCUCAACCACGAGUUCUUCCCAGGCAAGCCCACCUCCAGGGAGGUGAGUGUUCUCCAGCACCCCUACACAGAGAACUUCAUUGCCAAGCCCCACGUGUGGACUGUGGAAGACAACAACUCAGAGGAGUCUGAAGCCGCCAUCAAGGCCAUCAUGGAGACCCAGGUGGAGCUCUACCUGCCCUACGAGCACACCUGGGGGCAGCUGGAGCGGACUCACGCCUACAUCCAGCACCAGGACUUCUGUGCAGUUCCCAGCCCAGCCCCUGACCAGGGGCUGGGGCCUCACGAGCCCUUCAUCCUGGCGCCCAAUGCCACCCACCUGCAGUGGGCCCAGAACACUAGCAAGGACCCCGGGGCCUGGCCCCUGCCACAUUUGCUGCGGGCCUGGUUGGCCACCACUAGGAGGGACUGCCUUAACUACAGACUGGUCUGCGAACCCUCCUUCUUCCCCUUCCUCAACAGCCAGGAGGCCUUUCUCCAGCUGCAGGUGCCCUGUGACAGCGCCGAGUGGGAGAUGCACCACCUGUACCGAGAGCUGGCCCAGUCUGGACAGGAGUGCUACCUGCAGAAGGAGCCCCUGCUCUGCAGCUGUGCCGGCUCCAGCACCAAGUACCAGCAGCUCUGCCCCUGUCAUGACUUCCUCAAGGGCCAGGUGGCCCUGUGCCAGGGCUGCCUGUGA